CUGGUGGUUCAGUGCAGUGGUAAAAGUGGAGAACGUAACGGCCAAGAAGAAUGCCGGGUUCACCCCGGUGACAGACAGAUACAGUGUUAUCCUGACAAUAUCAACGAACGCUUCUGACGGGUUUGCCUUAAUAAACGAUUACAACGCCGCCCCGCUGUUCGCCUCGGAAAACGCCUCCAGUGAAGUGUGGAGCGCGGGCGGCGGGGCCGGCGGGCCAGCAUGCGGUAGCGGCGGGAUGGACCUGAAGCACGAGGUGGCAUACCGCGGCCUGCCCAGCCAGGUCAAGGCCGAGCCGGGGGUCAGCCACAACGGCCACCCGGUCAACGGACACGUGCGCGAGUGGAUGGCUGGCGCGACCGGCGGCGGGUCGCCGUCGCCCGUCGCGGUGCAGCCGCAGCCCAACAAUGGGUAUUCCUCGCCGCUGUCGUCCAGCAGCUACGGGCCGUACAGUCCGAACGGGAAAAUAGCCGGUAACGGUUACGGUUUGAGGCAGAUGUACGAAAACUGCCACGUGAUUAAUGCUGCGUCUGAACCAGGCCUUAAAUUCACGGAUUGA